AUGAAUGCGUGGGAAAUAUGUUGGGUCUUCCUGCCCAUUUUGUCUUUACUGGCCGAUGCCUUUGACGGAAAUGUUCGAUUUGAGAAUGCCUGGCUGACGUUCGACAUUUUAGUGACGCCGUUCGAUGUGGUUAAAGUGCGGUUGCAGAUGCAGAACCACGUCAUAUUACCGGGACGCUGUUUUAUCUACAACAACGGCUUGAUGGAACAUAUUUGCACGUGUACUGUGCGUGAGCAUGUCGGUAUCCCUCGGUUCCAGGUGUACAAACCGGGUCAUUUUUCAGGAACACUUGACGCGUUUGUGAAAAUAACCCGAAACGAAGGAGUGUUUUCAUUGUGGAGAGGUUUACCUCCUACGCUACUGAUGGCUGCCCCGGCGACAGUAUGCUAUUACACGUUGUACGACAACUUCAACCACUUUCUGAAAGAACAGAUCGGCCCUCGAAUAUGGACCCCGUUCGUCGCAGGAAGUAGUGCAAGAAUCGUUUCCGUAACUCUCAUCAGCCCAUUGGAAAUGAUCCGCACAAACUUACAGUCAAGCAAAUCCUAUUCAGACAUAGUUCGUGAGCUACGGCAUUUGAUCAGGCGUGAAGGCUUCAAGUCGCUGUGGCUUGGAUUGGGUCCUUCUUUACUGCGCGAUGUCCCAUUUUCAGCCUUAUACUGGAUGAACUUUGAACUGCUCAAGCAAAAGGCACUUACCGUGUUGAAUAGAAAAGAAACGAAUUUUUUCAUCAGUUUCGUCAGCGGAGCAGUGUGCGGUUCGAUAUCUGCUUUGGUAACAUGCCCGUUUGACGUCGUGAAGACUCGGCGACAGGUGGAAAUUGCGGAAAAGAACAUGACUCAUGGCAACACUGCUCAAGUGACCUCGACUUGGUUGUUCAUGCUGAAGUUGUACCGUGAAAAUGGCAUGCGUGCACUUUUUGCCGGAGUCAUACCGCGGCUGUGUAAAGUGACACCUGCCUGCGCGAUAAUGAUCGGCACCUACGACUACUGUAAGUUGCUGUUCACGAAAUCCAAUCAGGCUUGGACCGCCUGUGCCACUUGCUUAGAAUCAACAUGA